CCGCCUGCUCGAGGUGAGCGGCCGCGGGCCGGGCACAGCGGGCAGCGCCGGGACGGGACGGGGAGAGCGUGUGUGUGCGCUUGCGGAUAGCUGGACGGACAAACGGACAGAUCAGACAAACAGAGCGCCGCCAUGGAUCAUCACUACGACCCGCAGCAGACCAACGAUUACAUGCAGCCGGAGGAGGACUGGGACCGGGACCUGCUCCUCGACCCGGCUUGGGAGAAGCAACAGCGGAAGACAUUUACAGCAUGGUGUAAUUCUCACCUCCGCAAGGCUGGGACACAGAUUGAGAACAUAGAGGAAGAUUUCAGGGAUGGUCUUAAACUCAUGUUACUUCUGGAAGUCAUUUCAGGUGAACGUUUGGCUAAGCCUGAAAGAGGCAAAAUGCGAGUGCACAAAAUAUCCAACGUGAACAAGGCUUUGGAUUUCAUUGCCAGCAAAGGAGUCAAACUAGUAUCAAUUGGAGCAGAAGAAAUUGUGGAUGGCAAUGUUAAAAUGACUCUUGGAAUGAUCUGGACCAUCAUCCUUCGUUUUGCCAUUCAGGAUAUCUCAGUUGAAGAGACAUCUGCUAAAGAAGGACUUUUGUUAUGGUGUCAGAGGAAGACAGCCCCCUACAAAAAUGUAAACAUCCAAAACUUCCAUAUCAGUUGGAAAGAUGGCCUUGGUUUCUGCGCUUUAAUUCAUAGACAUCGUCCGGAGCUCAUUGAUUACGGGAAGCUGCGAAAGGAUGAUCCUCUCACUAAUCUAAACACAGCCUUUGAUGUAGCUGAAAAAUAUCUGGAUAUCCCCAAGAUGCUGGAUGCAGAAGACAUUGUUGGAACUGCCCGUCCUGACGAGAAAGCCAUCAUGACCUAUGUUUCUAGCUUCUACCACGCCUUCUCAGGAGCCCAGAAGGCGGAGACAGCAGCAAAUCGUAUUUGCAAGGUGCUGGCAGUCAACCAAGAGAAUGAACAGCUCAUGGAAGACUAUGAAAAACUGGCCAGUGAUCUGCUGGAGUGGAUCCGUCGCACCAUCCCCUGGCUGGAGAACCGGGCACCAGAGAACACCAUGCAAGCCAUGCAGCAGAAACUGGAGGACUUCCGGGACUACCGCCGCCUGCACAAGCCCCCCAAAGUCCAAGAGAAGUGCCAACUUGAGAUCAAUUUCAACACCUUGCAGACCAAGCUACGGCUCAGCAACAGGCCAGCCUUCAUGCCUUCAGAAGGGAAAAUGGUUUCUGAUAUAAACAAUGCCUGGGGUGGCCUAGAGCAGGCUGAGAAGGGCUAUGAGGAGUGGUUGUUGAAUGAGAUCCGGAGGCUAGAGAGGUUGGAUCACCUGGCUGAGAAGUUCCGGCAGAAGGCAUCUAUUCACGAGUCCUGGACAGAUGGUAAGGAAGCGAUGCUGCAGCAGAAGGAUUAUGAAACUGCUACCCUCUCGGAGAUAAAGGCACUGCUGAAGAAACACGAGGCCUUUGAGAGCGACCUGGCUGCACACCAAGACCGCGUGGAACAGAUUGCUGCUAUUGCACAAGAGCUGAAUGAGCUGGACUAUUACGAUUCUCCAAGUGUCAAUGCCAGGUGCCAGAAGAUCUGUGAUCAGUGGGAUAAUCUGGGUGCCCUAACCCAGAAACGUAGAGAAGCUUUAGAGAGGACAGAGAAGCUACUGGAAACAAUUGACCAGUUGUACCUGGAAUAUGCCAAACGAGCUGCCCCCUUCAAUAACUGGAUGGAAGGGGCCAUGGAGGACCUCCAGGACACGUUCAUUGUUCACACCAUUGAGGAGAUCCAGGGAUUGACCACAGCCCACGAACAGUUCAAGGCCACUUUGCCAGAUGCUGACAAGGAGCGACAGGCCAUCCUGGGAAUCCACAAUGAAGUCUCAAAGAUUGUCCAAACGUACCACGUCAACAUGGCAGGAACGAAUCCUUACACUACAAUCACCCCACAGGAGAUCAAUGGCAAAUGGGAACAUGUGCGGCAGCUGGUUCCUAGAAGGGAUCAAGCCCUAAUGGAAGAACAUGCUCGCCAGCAGCAAAAUGAGCGGCUUCGUAAGCAGUUUGGUGCACAAGCCAAUGUCAUCGGUCCCUGGAUUCAGACCAAGAUGGAGGAGAUUGGCCGCAUUUCAAUAGAGAUGCAUGGGACUCUGGAGGACCAGCUCAACCACUUGCGGCAAUAUGAGAAAAGCAUUGUGAAUUACAAACCAAAGAUCGACCAGUUGGAAGGAGACCACCAACAGAUCCAGGAGGCGCUUAUCUUUGACAACAAGCACACCAACUACACCAUGGAGCAUAUUCGAGUGGGCUGGGAGCAGCUAUUAACAACAAUUGCUAGAACCAUUAAUGAAGUGGAAAAUCAGAUUCUGACCCGUGAUGCCAAAGGAAUAAGCCAGGAACAGAUGAAUGAGUUCCGAGCCUCUUUCAACCAUUUUGACAGGGACCACUCCGGCACACUUGGCCCUGAGGAAUUCAAAGCCUGUCUCAUCAGCUUGGGUUACGAUAUUGGAAACGAUGCACAGAAGAAGACUGGUAUGAUGGAUUGUGAAGAUUUCCGAGCCUGCCUUAUCUCCAUGGGUUACAAUAUGGGAGAGGCAGAGUUUGCCCGCAUCAUGAGCAUCGUCGACCCUAAUCGCAUGGGUGUAGUGACGUUCCAGGCCUUCAUCGACUUCAUGUCUCGGGAAACAGCAGAUACAGAUACUGCUGACCAGGUUAUGGCUUCUUUCAAGAUCCUGGCUGGAGAUAAGAACUACAUCACUGUGGAUGAGUUACGGCGGGAACUGCCUCCUGAUCAGGCUGAGUACUGCAUUGCUAGAAUGGCACCCUACAAUGGCCGUGAUGCUGUACCCGGUGCCCUGGACUACAUGUCUUUCUCCACGGCGCUCUAUGGCGAAAGUGACCUUUAACUUUUUUCUGUCCCACCACACAACCCUCCCCUCUCCCCGUCCAACACACCCUUCUUUCUCUUUGCAAAGCAGCCUCUGCUCCGCUCUUUUUUGUGUUUCCCUGUUUUGCUUCAGAUAACAGAUCAUGUUUUUAAAUGGGGGGGAGGACAUUGACAUGACACCGCCUACCUUGCCCUUGAAAUGACAGUUUACAAAAUUAUUUUGUGCAAAAAAGUUACGUUUUAAAAAGAACAGACAUAUUUUAUUAUAGAAAAGGGUAUUUUUCUCCACCAGAUUGAAACUUAAAAAGAAAAUGUUCAAAUAUUGCACCAAAUAUUUUUUGUUGUGACAUAGAAAGUCGAGCACAAUGUUACAUUCCAUCCUUUCCAAAAAGAACCAACCAACAACAAAACGCCACUUGUUCUGUUAACUUCUACAUUUGCGUAUGUCUCUUUAUCACGUUUAUCUUUGGAGGGGGGAAGGCACACAAGUGCAUGUGUUUGCUGGUUCACUCAUUUCAUGAAAAUAUUUUAUGAUAAACUUUUGAAAUUGCUGUGUUUUCUAGGGAAAAAAUAAUGUACACAGCUCAUGUUUUCAUAUUUAAUUAAAAAAAUACAAUAUGCCUCCUAUGUUUAUCAGUGCACAACAUUUUUUGUUGCUGAGAGUUGUCUGGUUUCAGAUGAAGCUUGAGAGUUGAUAACUUUGAUAUUGCUUGUCACAAACCAUAUUAAAAAUUUCUUGUGAUAACAGA